UGUCGCAGACUACUUAGGACGGAUAGAACAGAGCCCGUUUGAAGGGGGACUAUCACAGGGACCCUACAAGGUUAGCAUAGACUAGAUUAACGCAAAGGGCGGUGCACAGGCGAUGAGACAAGAGACCGUUCUGUUAGAAUGGAUGUCUGUGGAGGAGAUGCUUCCCGACGCUGAAUAAACUGCUUUUCAGGAGAAGGAAUAUUAUGAUGGACGAAGCGAGUCGAGCAGAUCCUCCGAACUGGAUCCAGCAACACGUUGUGUACCAAGACCUGAUGCGUUUUAAUGUAGGUGACAGUGCUCAAGUACACGCUGCCUUCCUGGUGUACAUGGACCUGACAGAAGUGCGCGGCUGGUCAGGUGUGGCCGGAGUUUCCUGUCCAGAGUUACAAGCAGUUCUUCUGGAGGCUCGAGAGAAAGAGGGAGACACAGUCCAGAUGAUCUACCCUCUGCCUUCACACAGAUCCAUCAAACACAGAGAGUUGAGAUGUAUAUUGGACAGAGGUGCUCCGAUGCUGUUGUGUUCAGUGGCGUCUGACUCCAGUCUGGUGUACCAGAGGCUGUGUGAUGGUUUUCUGACCCCUGACCCCCCAGUGGACAUCAAAGACCAAGGCCGUCGACAGCAUCGCAAGCGGAGGUUGCAGACGUGAAACGGACA